GCCGGGCUUAAAUGACUUUUAAAAAAAGAUCCAGUUUCUGUUCACUUUCCAUUUUAUGUAAAUGACAAUUUUCAUCAUCAGCCUGGCUCCCAUGGAUCAAGGUUCAGCAGACUUUCCAGAAAGGGCCGGAUAGGGCAUCUUGUCAGCUUUGCAAGCAAUUGCCCAACUCAGCAGUGGCAGCCAAGAACAGCCAGAGGCCCUGCAUACUGGCAUAGGGUGGCUGUGUUCCAAUAAAACUUUGUUUGCAAACACAGAAGGUGGGCUGUUUGUCUCUGUGGCAGACUCUGGGAAAACCAGAGGUGCAUUCUCUGGCUCUGUCUGGAAGUUGGGGGACUCUACUGCUCCCCAUGUGGUCCCAGGGUGAGGAGGUGCCAGGGGCUCUGAGCAUUGGAGGGGGCAUAUACCAGGUGGCCUGUGAGUAUGGCAUGGUACACGUGGUCUCCGAGAUGGGGGGCCCGAAAGGCAAGGAUUACUGCAUCCUCUACAACCCACAGUGGGCCCACCUGCCACAUGACCUCAGCAAGGCGUCUCUCUUGCAGCUGAGGGACUGGACGACUUCCAUGCUCUGCUCUGCAUCCGACCUCCCUGCCAAAGGCUUCAGCAACCAGAUUCCACUGGUGACUCGGGGGAACUGCACCUUCUACGACAAAGUGAGGCUGGCCCAGGGCAGCGGGGCGCACGGGCUGCUCGUCGUCAGCAAGGAGACCCUGGUCCCCCCAGGAGGCAACAAGACGCAGUAUGAGGAGAUCGGCAUUCCCAUGGCCCUGCUCAGCUACAAAGACAUGCUGGACAUUUUUAAGAAUUUUGGCCGAUCUGCGAGGGCAGCAUUGUAUGCCCCGCACGAGCCCAUGCUGGACUACAACAUGGUCAUCAUCUUCAUCAUGGCCGUCGGCACUGUUGCCCUUGGGGGCUACUGGGCUGGGAGCCGGGACGUGAAGAAGUAUAUGAAGCACAAGCGGGAUGAUGAGCCUGAGAAGCAGGAGGACGAGGCUGUGGACGUGACGCCCGUCAUGACCUGCGUCUUUGUGGUCAUGUGCUGCUCCAUGCUGGUGCUCCUGUACUACUUCUACGACCAUCUUGGUGGGUCUCCGCGGCCGUGGCUCCUCUGGAGAAGUCCAGUGGACGGCAGGGUGACAGGAGGGCUUCCGGGUGGGUUUGUCCCCUCCCUUUACUGGGUGGAGGUCACCCUGCCCAAGUGCAAGAGUGCACGGGAAAGCUGGGUGGCCCGAACACACAGCUUCUUUGGAGCUUGGCACCAUGUAAGCAUUGCUUUGGCUGUCAGCGCCUCACUCAGGUGCCACAUGGAAGGGCCAGAGCUGAUGGGCUGA